AGAGGAGACCACCCCCCUGCCACCCCCACCCCCCACCCCCAGUGGGUCCCAGCCGCCAUAUUCGCCCCUCUCUCCCUUCUCUCUCCUCUCUCUCCUCCCCACUUUCAUUUGAACUUCCCACUUUCCCCUCUCUCUCUUUGCAACUCGCCCACUGUUCACUGUACUCUCAAUUUGCUUUGCUCCUGUUCAAUUCCGCCAUUGCAUUCUCAGUGCUCUGUUCUGCAAAUGCCCUUCUCGGGGUGUCCAGAUUCGAAUCCGAUCCCUCCGUCUCUGUAGUGUACUCCCGGGUUUCGUUGGUUCCUGCCUUAAUUUCGGGGGGCGAUGUCUUCUGUCGCCCACCGCAACGGCAAUCACAAGGUAGGCCCCAGGCCGCAGGGAUCGGCCCUCAAAGCUUCUUCCUUCAAGUCCAGGUUACCCCCAUCUCCCUCCCCUAGCCCCGCUGCCGUUCGCCGGAGCAGCCCCGCCUCGCUCUGCGGCCCUGUCAAGGACCCAGAUGGAGUACCUGGAAGAGUACGUGUGGCAGUGAGAUUGCGGCCGCGCAAUGCUGAAGAGAUGGUCGCAGAUGCAGAUUUUGCUGACUGUGUGGAGUUGCUGCCUGAGGUUAAAAGGUUGAAGCUUCGGAAAAAUAACUGGGAUGCUGAUACUUAUGAAUUUGAUGAGGUGCUCACUGAAUAUGCUUCACAGAAGCGUGUGUAUGAAGUUGUUGCCAAGCCUGUUGUUGAGGUAAGUGAUACUAUUAAAUGUAAGUUCUCGAUAGUACAUAUUGAAAUUUUGUAUUUUGGCUUUACGUUGAAUAUAUAUAUAUAUAUAUUUAAAACAUAUCAUCAAAUUUCAUCCAACUUUGUACCUGCAGGAAGUGAGGGACACACUCUAGAGGAAGCGAAAUCCAUUAACCUUUCGCUCAGUGCACUAGGAAAGUGCAUUAAUGCCCUGGCGGAGAAUAGCUCUCAUGUUCCGGUUCGUGAUUCCAAACUCACGAGGUUGCUGAAGGAUUCCUUUGGAGGCUCAGCAAGAACAUCACUAGUUAUAACCAUUGGCCCAUCUCCACGACAUCGAGGAGAGACAUCAAGUACCAUACUAUUUGGCCAAAGGGCUAUGAAGGUGGAGAACAUGUUGAAAAUAAAGGAAGAGUUUGAUUACAAGAGCCACUCCAGGAAGCUGGAGAUACAGUUGGACAAAUUAAUUGCAGAGAAUGAGAGGCUGCAGAAAUCUUUUGAAGAUGAAAUUGAAAGAAUAAAUGCAGAGUCACAAAGUCGAAUCUCGGAGGUUGAGAGAAACUUUGCUGAUGCGUUGGAGAAGGAGAGACUAAAAUGCCAGAUGGAAUAUAUGAAAUCAAUUAAGGAGCUUGAAGAAAAGAUGGUGUCCAAUCAAAGAGGGAAUCGGCGGGAUGACUUGGUUGAUGACAAGUGCAUUGAUGAGGGCCUUGGUGCUUCUGUUGCUGCCGAAGUUGCUGAAAUCAAAACACGCCUAAACAAUGAGAUUACCCGAAGGAAGGCAGCUGAGGAUGAGGUCAACAAUCUUAAAAGUCAGCUGGCACAAUAUAGACAUCCAGAGGCAGAUGGAGAUGCUGAGAUUUUUAGACUUCGAAAGAAUCUGGAAGAAGAGGCGCGUCAAAAGAAGAAACUUGAAGAAGAAGUAAUCAUCCUGCGAAGUCAGUUAUUGCAAAUGAAUAUUGAGGCUGAUCAUCAGACAAGAAGAUACCAUGAGAGAGGUGACUCAGGAGAUGCUUUUACUUUGAAUUCGCUCAUGGCUCAAGCUCGGAAUAUGCAACUGAGAGAAAAUGGAAAUGGACAGAAGCCAUCAAUUGCCACACUUUCUGAGCAAGUUGGAUUGAAUAAGAUCCUAUCCCUACUCGAGUCGGAAGAUGCCACAGUAAGAAUUCAUGCUGUGAAAGUGGUGGCCAACCUUGCAGCCGAAGAAGUUAAUCAGGAAAAGAUUGUUGAAGCUGGUGGUCUCACUUCAUUGUUAAUGCUUCUAAGACGCUAUGAGGAUGAAACUGUUCGUAGAGUAGCUGCGGGUGCAAUAGCGAAUCUUGCCAUGAAUGAGGCCAAUCAAGAACUCAUAAUGGUCCAUGGGGGAAUUGGUUUGUUAUCUAUGAUCGCUGCCAAUGCGGAGGAUCCUCAAACUUUGAGAAUGGUUGCUGGAGCGAUUGCAAAUUUGUGUGGCAAUGAUAAGUUGCAAGUGAAGCUGAGGUUAGAAGGUGGCAUCAGAGCUCUUCUAGGAACAGUUAGGUGUGGGCAUCCUGAUGUGCUUUCUCAAGUUGCACGUGGAAUUGCUAAUUUUGCAAAAUGCGAAUCCCGCUUGGCUUCUCAAGGGAUAAGGAACGGGAGAUCUCUUUUGAUAGAAGACGGAGCACUUCCAUGGAUUGUCCAUAAUGCCAAUGACGAGGCUGCGCCAAUCAGGCGCCACAUCGAGCUUGCCCUUUGUCACUUGGCACAGCAUGAAGUGAAUGCCAAGGACAUGGUCAGUGGUGGGGCCCUUUGGGAACUAGUUCGAAUCUCGCGGGACUGCACUCGCGAGGACAUCAGGAAUCUCGCACGGAAGACACUGAGUUCCAGCCCGACUUUCCGAGCAGAACUCCGACGGCUGCGGGUAGAAUAUUAAUUAUCGAAGGAAAAUCAAAAGUCAUUUUUUGAUCCCACAGAAGGGAUCUGGACUAUGGUUUAUAAUUAUACCACAUGUCUAGUCCUGUUGUUAUAUAGUAGAUCUUAUGAUUAAGUAGUCGGGCACCGACAUCCUCGAACAUGCUAGCAAGAUUUUCCUUUCAGAGCUAGAUGGAACUGAGUCAUUGGGUCAUCAUCCCGUGUUUUGUGGAGCUAGCAUGUACUUGGCUUUUCAAGGUAAAGAAAGAACGAACUGGAAGUAGGAAAUCGAAUUAGUUAUUUUUUCUUGGAUCUUCAUUACAAUGUAAAGGGGCCACUGGAGUUGUGUCCCUGUGUAAAUAUGAACUUAACACCUACUUAUUUACAGGCAAUGAAAGUUCUUAUUCUUUUGCUCCAAUUCUA